AGUUUCCCCUUCCGGGUCAACAUUUUGAAAAAUAGAUGAACUAGUCAUAUAGAUAUAUUUGUACGUGUGGGUAUUGAAGUGUUUAUGCGCACAUUCACUGCUCACAUGUAAUGGCGAGGUCACGCAAACAAGCGGGACUUCCUGUUUGCGGUCACGUAACCAAAUAUGGCCUGAAACCCUGUGACGUUGUGUUCUUAAAAUUUCAAUGGAAACGAUCCAGAAAGCCAAUCUACGAUAUGAGCAAUUUCAACUCCUUUGAGCAGGCCUGCGCUGCUGGUCUGUGCCAAUGAACGUUGAUGUUUUGGACCAGCAGCUGAAGCUCUUUGUGUCCAGACACUCCGCUUUCUUGUCAGAGGACAUCCCAGGUCAGCGGACACUGCAGCACCACGGAGACGUUCUGGACACACAGGUUGUUUUGAAUCCGGCUCACGACCUGGUCUGCUCAGAGGUGCGGCGGCUGCUCUGUGAGCCUUCUCGACACAAACUGUUGGUGCUAGCUGGUCAGUGCGUCGAGGACGUUGGGGACGUUGUGUUGCAGAAAGGCCGCUUCUCUCUGGACAACCUGAUCCAGAUCUGUGCUGACGAAGAGGUUGCCCACUUGUGGAGCUCCAGGGCAAAGGCAACUCUUACCCUCAGCUGCCCGGACCUGGGCCUUUGGAGGGACGACCUGUUGAAGAAGCACAACCUGCUUGACGUCAUAAACAUCCAGAUCAACCCUCCCCUGCUCCUCCCACAGAUGGAAGGCCUGCAAGAGUUCACAGAGUACCUCUCAGAGUGUCUGGAACCCGAGUCCCCUUUUGACCUCCUGGAGCCCCCAAGCACUGUGGGGUUCUUGAAACUCUCCCGUCCCUGUUGCUACAUCUUCCCCGGGGGUAAGGGAGACUCUGCAUUCUUUGCUGUGAAUGGCUUCAAUAUCCUGGUAAAUGGAGGCUCCGACUCCCGCUCCUGCUUCUGGAAACUAGUCCGACAUCUGGACAGAAUCGACUCGGUCCUCUUAAGUCACAUCGGCGUGGACAAUCUUCCUGGGCUGAACAGCUUGCUACUGAGGAAAGUAGCCGAGCAGGACCAGGACUUAGCUGCAGGUCAGCCUGAAGAAGACUGGAUGAAAAAACUCAUCUCCCCGGAGAUUGGAAUAGUUUUCUUCAAUGUUCCGGACAGAUUGAAAGCCAUACAGGGAGAUCCCAGUGAGCUUCGUAGUGUUGACCAGGGGGCACUGAUCUUAGAGUGCUUGCAAAGACUUGCUAUCAAAGCACAACCUCUGUGUCGGUCCAGUGUAGCAUCUAUUGAGCCACUUGUCUUGUUCCACAAGAUGGGAGUAGGCCGUCUGGAGUUGUAUCCACUGAAUCCAAUCAGUGGCAGUAAAGAAUUGGAGGAGUUGUUGCAGACUUUGCCCAAAAGUUCCAACUUGAAAGGCUCGGAUCUUCCACUUGCAUGCCUCACUUCCAUCUGUGCUUUGCUGGUGUGGCAUCCCUCUAGCAAUCAGGAGAAGAUUGUCCGGGUCCUUUUCCCAGGAUGCACGCCACAGCGUAAAAUUCUGGAUGGACUUGAAAGACUAAAACAUCUGGAUUUCCUCAGUGUUCCUGUGGUGAGUUCAAAGGACCUAGAAAUGUCCAAAGCGGAGAAACUUCCAAAGCGUGCCGAAAGUCGAGAAAGCCUCAAGUCCCGAGACUUGCGGACCAGCAGUGCCUUGCAGAAAGACAAAAAUGGCCGACUUCCUGUCAAAAAACUGGAGGUGAGAAUGAAGCCAAAGGCAGCAGUUGACACUGCGACCAAAGAGAGAGACCAAGAGGCCAAAUCUAAGCCAGUGAAGCCAGCUGAGAAGCUCAUUCCAAAGAAGGACCUGUCCAAAGAUGAGAGAAAGAAAGAGAAUGGUGAUAAAAAGAAAGAAAGUGUCAAGAAGGAAAGUGUAAAACUGAAGAAAGAAAAUAAAAUGGAAGCCAAAAAAGAGACUAAGAGGGAAGACAAGAAAGUAGCUGCAUCAGCCAUCAAAGAUGUAAAGAAAGUGAGCGGAGCUUCAAGUUCAGAAGUGAGAAAAUCUGCAUUCAGGAGUCCGAAGACGGACACGUUGAACAAAGGGACGAAAGAUAAAGCUGUUUGUACAGAGCAGAACUUGUCAGCUGAAGACGACACGAACCCUACCGAAAAGACCUCAGAACUUCCGAACGGUGACACAGACAGGAAGAACCCAGCGAGUCCAGAGACAGUCCCUCGUAUGGACACCUCCUUAAGUCCAACUGAUGACAUAUCCUCCAAAAGUGGACCAGAGAAUCAAGGUAACAAUGCAGUACAAGCGACUGAAGUGGACAGAACAGCCAGUCUGGCCUUGGAUGGCCUCAGUCAAGAAGGUCCUAUCAGGACCUCAAACACAGAAGAUUCUCUUUUCUUUCAGGACAAAAAGUCCACUCAUAUUGUGGGAGACAUUCCAGACUCCUCCCCCACAUUGACCACCAUGCCGGCUGAAUUCUACUCUCCUCCCACCUCAGAGCAAGUCCUGAUGUUUAGCUCGGAAUCACAGCCAGGGCCGCCAAAAGACAGAUGCUGCUCCAAUGGACAUGUGACUGGCUCAGAACAUAAUGUGGAGCAUUCCCUGAAUGGUCGCUGGGGAAUUGGAUGUGAGGAACAUAUUCACGGGAUGUCAGAGCUGACCACAGACGUUCUUCAUGAUGUCGAUCUUUGCUUGGUUUCGCCUUGUGAGUUCCAGCACCACAAGGCUCCAGAGAACCAGAGCAGCAGCCAGAGCACUGAAGCCUGCAGCCAGGGAACUCCGCCCACAUCAGUCAGCGAGUCCCUGUUGAUGGCCACAGACUCUGAUGUCCCGCCUGCAACGGAAGACUGUCCUUCCCUCAGCGCAGACUCCGAUGAUGAUGAUUCUGGUAGCCUCCUGUUUCCGGGACAUCCUGGUAUGCCCCUCUCCCACCUGACGGCUCAGCAUUCCUCCCUGGACCCGCCACCCGCCCUGGUCAGGGAUCUGCCCCCGUUACCCCCCCAACCGGAAACAUGCAUGGCAGAUUUUGACACAUCAAGCAAGAACCAAAAGACGUCUGCCAGCAGGACCAAAAAAUCCACAGGAGUGUUGCAGAGGGCCACUGCCGGAAGCCCGUCAGGGCACAACGUGAAGUCAAAGGCCAGCAGCACUGUGCCACUUAAAACGACCCCCGUCACUGAAGCAAGGCCAUCAAGCCGAAUUUCACUGGGAGGCUCGCGAAGUGGAACUGCCAAACCUUCAGUGUCAGCAUCCAAAACAUCAGAGGCAUCUGCUGUCCAUGUGGACCUGGCCUACCUGCCAUCCGGAUCAGCCUCCUCCACAGUCACCUCGGACUUCUUCAGACAGCUUCGCUCCUCCUAUUACGUCGUGAGUGGCGAUGAGCCCGUGAAAGCGGUGGCCAUGAGAAGCAUCCUGGAUGCACUGCUGGAUGGCAAGAGCAGCUGGCCGGACUUACAGGUGACUCUGAUCCCGACGUUUGAUUCAGUGGCCAUGCACGAGUGGUACCAAGAAACCCAUGAGCAGCAGAAGCAGCUGUCAAUCACCGUCUUGGGGAGCAACAGCACCGUGGCCAUGCAGGAGGAGACCUUCCCUGCCUGCAAGGUGGAGUUCUGAGUCUGGCCCCAUCCACCCGACCCAGAGGUUUUUGCCGUGGUUACGAGCUGACUGGGAAUAGUAAACGGUUGCCUUGUCAGAACUCACCCGUCCCUUUGAUUGGCUGGUCUAUUGUAGCACAGCUUUCUGUCUGCUGGACCAGGACUUAUCAGUCCACAAAAUCCUCAAGUCAGUUCUCACGAAGCAGGUUCUUCAGUUGCAAGUAGGCAGAGUUAAAGCGGAUGAGGAACCAGUGGAGGUUCAGGUUGAUAGUGAUAAGGCUAUGUGAGCGAUUGUGUAAAUGAAAGUGUUGGGAGUGUUGUUGUAGCAUGUGGAUGUGAAACCUGAGCUUUUUAUAUCAACUUAACUACACAGUAGAUCCCCACAAAUGGUGGAAAGCUGCAGAUAUGGAAAAAGCCCUAAACAUUUUUGGUACUGUAAACCAGGGGUAUGGAACCUAUGGCUCAGGAGCCACAUGUGGUGCUUUUGAUGACUGCAUCUGGCUCUCAGACAUUUCUUCACGCUAACAUUUAUUAAAAUUUUCUGUAAAACAUUGCAGAAAUAACGGUGUUGAAAAUAACUUUCUUGCCCAUUUUAAUCCAUCCAUCCAUUUCUACCGCAAUGUGGGUGGCCGGAGCCAAUCCCAGCUGUCCUUGCGAUAUUUUUUGGGUCAGACACCAAAACUCGAUUGUUACUGGAUAAUGGUAGUAGCCUACCGGUUCAUUGAGGUGUCAAGAAGUAAACUUCCCUUCUUUAAUCAAAUAGUCAGCUGGCUAAUUCUGCAAAGCCAAACCUUUUGACAAAGAAGAUGGUGAAAAGAAAGAAAGAUACGGAGUAUAGUGCAAAACCGUGCAGCACCAGAAGUCGCAUUAAUGGUAAGAAGCAUUUUAUUUAUUAUAGCUUCACUAUCAGACACUAGAGAGAAUGUUAUUAAAAAGAAUAAAUUCAGAGACUUCUACUCUAAAAUUGUUGGUUUUACUUUAAAAAAUGCACGCAUUUAGUUGUAUUCAAUGUUAAAAAAAUAUUAUAUGGGUUUUACGGAAAUACACUUUUUAAAAUGUGUGGCUUUCAUGGCUCUCUUAGCCAAAAAGGUUCCCGACCCCUGCUGUAAACCAACACACCUCUCACAGUUAUUAAACACACUUUACAUUCAGUUUUACACAUUAAGAAACAAUUACAGACAUGCAGUAUGCAGUAUUGUACUUUAAAACGAGCAGUUACACAACAUCACCAACAUCUUCUUGCUGGAAAAUGUUGAAUGAAUUGACUCGUGAGACAGCGCCCUCUACAGGAUUUCAAAGCUACAGCACUUUCUUUCACUUUCUUCCUGCUGAUGGCAAGCAAAGACUGUCAAGCAUUAAGCUUCCAGGAAAAAAAAACGUAUUAUUUGCAAUUUAAAGCAGAGAAAAUAUGCGGGGGAGACAAUGCCCAGCCGCAAAUAGUCGGGGAUCUACAUUACUCCACCCUAAAAUUACUGAUGGAUGAAGCCAGACUCUUGGUGUAAAGGGAUGAAGUUCGAUGUUAGCAUAAAGCUCUGAAUAUGAAGCUAGCAGGUUGCAUAAACACGAUGGUAAGUUUUCUUUUUCAUGGUAAUCACCUUUUGCAUUGCAUGAUUGGCUGACAGCUGUCAGAAUGACACAAGGAGAGGAGGAGUAACAAGGCAAAAAAGGCAAAGUGUUGGCAGGCUAAAAACUCAAAAUUGUUCUUUUAAUUUAUUUAUUUAUUUGUACACUUUUUCCACAAGUCUUUGUUUGCAUCUGCAUGUUAAUGACUUUGAUAUUGAAGUUCUUGAAGAUAUAAUGAAACCCUUACAUAAAAGCAGUCGGUAAAAAAAAUACUGUACGUCCCCUGCUGGCUUCCUGUUGCAAAAGAAAAUGUGGAUGGAGUUUCAAUUCAGAUUUGUCUCUGGUCCUUUUUGGUUUCUACCAACACUAGCCUUUUUAACGAGCUUGUUUCUCUCUACGUAAAAAUUAAAUGUAUUUUUAUCACUUUUGCAUACACACAAACAGCUGUUUCAGGUUGUUUUACUGGUUUUUGAAACACUAAUUUGAAGUUUUAUCUAUU